AUGACGAGACUCUUCUUCUUCUUCGCCUUCCUCUACACAGUAACAACUCUCACAUUUCCGCCAUUGACAGCCUCAGGAGCAACACCGUGCCGAACAUUAUGCGGCAACAUCCCAAUAAACUACCCGUUCGGCAUCGACGAAGGCUGUGGAUCUCCCCAGUUCAAAGGAAUGUUCAACUGCUCAGCCGAUCUGUUCUUCCUCACUCCUUCCGGAAGCUACAAGGUCCAGAAAAUCGAUUACGAGAAGAACACGAUGGAGGUUUUCGAUCCGACGAUGUCGACUUGCUCGAUCCUCCAGCCUCACCACGAUUUCAAAUUGGCGGAUAUCCAGAGCGCCGUCAUAAGGCCAUCGUACGACACCGUUUUCGCACUCUUCAACUGCUCCACCGACUCGCCGGUGUACAAUCGGUACCGGAAUCUCUGCUUCAAUGUCUCCGGCCACUCCUGCGACGAGCUUUACAGCUCCUGCACUUCCUUACGCAUCUUCAACACCACUUCGCCCACCACCACCGGUAACAGUACGGUGCGUACGACGACAACGCCGUAUUGUUGUUUCACUAGCUUCGAUACGGUGCGGGUGAUGAGUAUGAACAUCUUGGAUUGCUCACAUUACACGACGGUGAUUGACGGUGGAAAAAUGAGAGGCGUGGCGCCUCUGGAUUGGUCGUACGGGAUCGAGCUUUCUUACUCGGUGCCGGAGAUAGGCUGUGACCGUUGCCAGAAGUCAGGCGGCACUUGUGGUUACGACGCCGAGACGGAAAUCUUUCUUUGCCAAUGUCCCGCUUCCAACAACAACCCUACAAGAGAAUGUGGUAAUUACUGUACUAAUCCCUCUGCUUUUUAG